ACGACAAUUGCCAGUUAUUACCAAUCUACCACACCAUUAUUGACAGUUCCCAAGUUCAUAGGCGGAAAAUAUCCGGUUGCGUUCCAAUUUCAAAUUCUUCGACCACAAAUGGUUUCAUUUUCUAUGUUUUAUAGGUAAAGAUAUUUUUAUUAUUAUUAUUAUUCGUCGCUUCUAUUUUAUUUUCAGGGUUUAGGGUUUUACAAAUUUUUCCUACGAAAUCAGUACAAUGUCCGCGUUGAUGAGAGCUAAAUUCGGUUAUAAGAACACGCUCUAUUACAUGAAUGAAUCGCUUUCUUCUUCUUGCCUGUUGCGAAAAUUACGCUCAUUCUCCGACGGUGGCGAUUCAAAUUACCCUCCGGAACCCAUUCCAAACAGGCCCUUGAGGGACGAGUCGAGAAAAAGGCAAUCUUACCCUUCCCCAAACGCUAGAUUCCCAAAAUUUAAUCGUGGUCGGGAAAAUGGAAAUUCAAGUUCGUCGAGGAGUGAAGGGGAUGAUUUUCUGGAAAGAUUCAAGCUCGGGUUUGACGAGAAGGAGGGAAAUACGAAACGCAUUUCUGGGGAGGAAAACGUUAGUACCAGUGAGAAAACUGAAAAUGUUGAACCAAUUCCACCACCGGAGGAUGCGGAUGAGAUAUUCAAGAAGAUGAAGGAGACUGGGUUGAUCCCGAAUGCGGUGGCGAUGCUUGAUGGCUUAUGUAAAGAUGGGUUGGUGCAAGAGGCAAUGAAGCUUUUUGGGUUAAUGCGUGAGAAGGGUACUAUUCCAGAAGUGGUUGUAUACACGGCCGUAGUGGAAGGAUUCUGCAAGGCACAGAAAUUUGAAGAUGCAAUGAGAAUUUUUAAGAAAAUGAAGAGUAAUGGGAUCGUUCCAAAUGCAUUUAGUUAUGGGGUUUUGAUUCAGGGACUAUGUAAAGGAAUGCGGUUGGAGGAUGCCUAUGAGCUUUGUAUUGAGAUGUUGGAAGCCGGGCAUUCCCCGAAUACAGCAACUUUCAUAGGUUUGGUUGAUGGAUAUUGCAGGGAGAAAGGCAUGGAAGAAGCUCAGAGUGUGAUCAAAGCGAUGAGGCAGAAAGGAUUUUUCAUUGAUGAGAAAGCGGUUAGGGAGUAUCUGGAGAAGAGAGGGCCUUUCUCGCCUUUGAUUUGGGAAGCAAUCCUGGGGAAAAAGGCUUCCAAGAAAUCUCUGUUUUGAAUGUUCUAUUUUGUUAUUUAACUUUGUGUUGUUUGUAGGAUGAAUGUUUAUGAACAAUGCUGAUUUUACUCUAUGAACAUUCUAUAUUUUGUUUCAAUACCAUUAUGAAUGUAAUUUUUGCCUUUGAAA